AUGGAGAAUGACAACCCGGAGACCGACGCCUCAAUUAUCCCGGAAGAAAUAAUCACCGAGAUCCUCCUUCGGCUGCCAGUCAAAUCUCUCCUCAGGUUCAAGUCCGUCUGCAAACCAUGGCUUCUCCUCAUCUCAAGCUCCAAAUUCGCCAAAGCCCACCUUAAAACCUCGACGGCUCAAAAUUCCGGCGUUUCAGCCCGCGAAAACCUCAUCUUCGGCCUCAUAACCGACAACGACCGCAGCCUUUACACUUGCCCCAUCAACUCCGCCAUCGAUGGCUCCGUCUUGGCCGACCCACUCACCGGCUGCCUAUAUUCCGUCGACGAUAAUCGAGAUCCGAUUCCCUUCGACGCCGCCCCCUUAGACUGUCCUCCUCUUGCCCCUGGUAUCGAUUUGACGAUGAUCGGAUCUUGUAACGGUCUUGUUUGCUUUAUUUUGUCCGACUCGUCUAAUGAAUCCAGCCCCAAGUGCAGCAUCUGUUUAAUGAAUCCAGCCACGAGAAAAUUGAAAAUCCUGCCGGAGUCCGACUCGUCGGGUAAUAACUUGUUGUACUUCCUCAAUUCGUAUUCCUUUGGGUAUGAUGAGGUCCACGACGAUUUUAAGGUGAUCGAGGUUAACAGUUUCGCGAUACGGUCCGACCAGCACGAGACCUAUGCCAUGAUUUACAGCUCAAGGGCCGACUCGUGGAAGCUGCUCCUGAACUGGCCGGGCGGGCACGUUCCUGAAUGGGUCCAUCCACUGGUGGUAGAGGUUAAGGUUUUUGGUGGUUGCCUCGCCAUUUGUGGUGUAAAUCGUGAGAGCAUUGUUGUGUGGGUGAUGAAAGAAUACGGUGUGGGGGAAUCUUGGGCUAAAGUGGUUGAGGUUGCCCUUGACUUUUUUGAGCUUGGAUUUGUAUGGCCGAGGCCUGUGUUUGUGUCCGAGGAUGCUAGGCUGAUGGUGAUAAACUACGGAUCGAGUUUGAAGUUGUAUGAUUCAGGCAACAUGGGACCCCAUCACUUUGACACCUCCAUUGCCAUUGAUGCUACAACUUAUGCGGAAAGCCUGUGUUGGCUUACUCUAGAUGAAGACGACAAAGGACUGUGA